ACGCUAUAUACGAAAGGACCUGUUUUGUCGUGGUGGCCUGUGCCUCGACCGUGUCGGCACCGCUAUGCACGCGAAAUAAAGGAAGCGAGGCAACAAAAGUUAAUAAUUUAAUAUUUAAAAUCAUCCUCACUGCAACGUUUAUCCAACGAAGCCAUUUAUGUAAGAAUGUUGCUCCUCCCAGCCUGUCCGCCAGGCAGCCAGUCAACCAAUAGUCUCAACGUUACGUGCACUGCCCAACCGCAUUAGUGCACAAUGUGGUGCAGCAUGAGCACCAGCAUACGUAUUUACUGUUGAUCUACAGAAUGUCAUUUUGUUACGUAAAACAAAAUAAGGAACACUCUAUCGAAUGUUAUCUGGCUUACUGUUUGAAACGAUGAUCAAACCUUAGUUCUUUUUGAGAAUAGAAAUGCACGAAACAAAUCGAUGAGCAAUGUAAGAAAGUUGCUGUUUUUUGUUGUUGUAUCAAGUUUCAUUUUAUGGUUUGGAAUCCGACCGUUCAGGUCGUUCGAGCAGAUCGAACGAUAGAUGGACAAGUGAUGAUGUACAAACCCCGCGAUAACGUUUGUGUUUCCGCUUCCGUUUGUACAGUAUUCAAUUUCAGACCAAAGCGAAUUCUAGUACGCACGCUACAAACAAUUGGUCUUCUAGAGAGCGUUUUGAUUUCCCGCCUCAAAAAAACGUUAUAAGCGAAAACUCAUAGCGCCUAUUGCACGAUGUAGUAAGCUAUCUAGUGACGAUUCAUAAAACAAUAGUCAGCCAACAUAGAAAAUGAUAUGCAACCCUAACCUCACAGCCCGGUACUGCAAAUUAAUGCUUAUCCUACAGUUUAUGGUCGCUUAUAAAAGUAUACAUCUUCUCGGGUCUCCGGACACCAUACUACAUCAUAGACAAUAGAACGUUAAGGGCAUGUGUGCUUAUCUAACCUUAGACUAUCUGGUUCAUAAACUGGCGUAUUGCCGUUUAAAUCGUGCGAUAGAAACUAAAAACUAAGAACGAAAUCCUCUUUCGUCGUACUUAAUAUGUUCCAUUCGUAAUAUGCUUGGGUUUCUUCUCCACUAGCUGUGUUUGUGUGUGGUUUUGUAAUAACUGUUUUGUGAUAACAUUUAAUCAAACUUUGUUUAGCACUUAGACACACUCUGACUCUCUCGCUAACCACUAGCUAACUCCUAUUUACAGGGGCAUUUAUGAGGAUCACGCAACUAAAAUCCUGCCUUGUGCCGUUCUCUCUCAAAAACUGACUCAAUCGCAGGAGAAGCUAUUUUGGCUUGGCUUUGAAUUCUAAUGAAUUUAGUGAUAAUAGUGCGCCUAAUCACAGGUACUCCAAGGUGCCGAGAUUUUUUUUUGCGAACUUUUGUUGUUAUUCUCCGUUUGCUGUGUUGUCUGCAACAGAUAACAGUCUUGGGCGAUUUUGUUAACAACAAUAACAAUUUGGAAUUCUACCAAAAGUGCGUGCUCUCAAAUACUACUAUACUAUCUUUCGUCCGUCGUUGAUACUAUUAUUAAACACGUUGUGUUAUGUAUAUUGCCUCCUUGGGCAUACAAACGCAUACCGACACAAGACACAUUCCCUCCACGGCUUAAACUUAGGUUUUUUCGAUUUUUUUUUUGUAUAAGUUUACCAGAGUCUAAGAAAAUGUUUCGUAUUUUAACGAAGAGAUAUAUUUGCUUUCUAUUUAGUGGAGUGAUGGAACGAAUAAGAACGGGGAACAGUAUCAUACUGACAGACCAAAAUAAUAAUCAAAAGAAUAUUUAUCAUAGCUGACCACUGUCAGACGCGUGAUCGAGAUGUCUGAUUUGCUUACUUUCUUACUUACUUACUUGCUUACUUACAUACUUACUUACUUACUAAGGGCAAACCUAGUCAUCUGUACAAAAACAGCAGCUGAAUGAUAGCAGCAUUGGUAGUGGUGAAGUUGCUUCAACACAAAACUAUGAUUCUGUAGCACCAAAAGCAAACCAUAAUGGAAUGCUACAAUGCGUACUUCAUCCAACUAUGAACCCUGCUACUGAUUGGUUAAUAGUGAUAAGCAAAACAUAAUAACUUAGCCAUGUGCAGCGUAAUUUGUAAUACGAUCCCAGGUUUGGUUUGCCAGCAUUGAACGGCUGUAGAGAUUGUUUAGUCGAAAAAAGAACGAAAAAAUGGAAACUUUAUGGAUAUGAUGAUAUUAAAUUUAACUGAUACGCAUAUAUGUAUGUGUGUGUUUGUGUGUGAGAAGAUUAUGAGAUGACAUGCAGGCAUUCAAAAAUGAAACAAUAAAUUUCAAUAAAAAUUAGUUCGAAGCCAGCUUCUGUUGGAAAAUAAGGAAAAAAUCACGAGUCAAAAUAUUCGUUUUAAU